AUGGAAUCAAAAAGAAAAGCCAAUUUAGCAACAGAGAAUGACUCAAAGAAACAACAAAAGUUAACCGAGGUGUCAGAUGUCAAAACAAUGGAUUCAACAUCCAAUUCUUCAAUUCCAUUUGAUGGAAGCCAAUUGUUAUUGAAAUUAGUUAAUUCUCGUGCCAUGUCAAUCAAAACCAGAGAUGAAGUUAUUUUCUCUUGUGAACGUAAUGAUAAUCUUACAAAAGUUUUCAAAGGUUUAACUGAAAGAGGAUUUUUAUCAGUUCCAGUUUUCCAACAAACAGAUAAAAAAAGAUGGUAUGGUUUUAUUGAUUUAUUAGAUAUCGUAAGAUAUGUUACCCAUCAUUUUGGAAGUGAGAAAAUGUCAAUUGAACAAGAUUUCUGGAAAUUAUCAGAAGAAGAAGAAAAAUUCAAAACCCUAACUGUCAAUGAUGUAAUGAGAUAUCCACAUACAAAGGAUAAUAGAUUCAGUCCAAUUACUCAAAAUUAUUCAUUGUUUAGUGCUUUUGAAAUUUUUGCUCGUGAUCCAAAUGUUCAUAGAAUUCCAAUUCUUGAUAACAUGGCCAAUAGACAUUUAGUAUCAAUUUUAACUCAAAGCCAAUUGGUUAAAUAUGUUUAUGACAAUAUGUCAUUAUUGGGUAGCAAAAAAGAUUUAAUUGUAAAGAAUAUGAGUGGUAUCCAAAUGGGUAGCGUUGUUACAGUUAAAUCCUCAAUUUUGGCAAUUGAAGCUUUCAAGAUAUUAGAAGAAAAGGAUAUUAAUGGUGUUGCCGUUUUAAAUGACAAAGGAGAAUUAAUUGAUACCCUUUCAGUUCGUGAUCUCAAAGCAAUCGCCACAGAUGGUAGUUUCUUCUGGAAACUCUACAAACCUGUCGAAGAAUUCUUGGGUUUUAUCAAAAAUGAUCAAAUUACCGUUAGACCAAGAAAUCCAGUAUUUUGUAUGGAUGGUGACACUUUUGAAGCAGUUUUAACUAAAAUCUACACAAACUCAAUUCAUCGUCUUUUCAUUGUUGAUAACAUAGAAACAAUGAAACCCAUUGGAGUGAUUUCCUUAUCAGAUUUGUUAUUACAAUUAUUCCCAUAG